AAGAGCCAGGUUCGCUCCGGUCCUACCCUCAUUCAAAAUUGUUUCCGGUUUUUUUUUUUUUUCCUUUUUUUUUUCCUUUUUUUUCUUUUCGUUCGACAUUUUGUUAAUGGGCGUGUUUUGGAACUAUUAACUAAUGGCCCUGUGAACACGGCUGGUUUUUCUCCUCCCAUUCAUCUGUGGUGCGUGUGUGUCAGUGUGUCAUCACGACAGAGUGCAACGUCUUGUAUGUCAACGGCUCUUCAUUACAGCUAAUGCCGGCUUGCCUCUGACGAUUUUCUUUGUUUUGAACAACGUCCGCAAGUUGUUGAAAGCUUACCAGUGUUGCGUGUAAUGUGAGUCAGUAAUUUACAAGACGACGUGGCACCUUUUCUUCAAAUCCAUUCGAGAAUGAACGGUCAGCGAGGCUUCGUGUUUCUCGUGGUGAUGGUGGUGGCGCUAAUGGUGUCGGCCGAACGGAGACAUCGUAAUCGCGUCGAUAAUAAUCCAUCAUCAUCCAUCCUGAUGAACAAUCUUUUGCUCGAGUUGGACGAAUCUCUUCCCGAAUGUUCGGCCGCUUUCCGGCGGGUCCAAAACGGUGAACGCUCAGCUCACGCUUCUUACCCGCCGGACAUGAAAGGUCUUUGGGUCUCGCAAGAAUGUGAAACGCGACCCGGCCCGGAAUUUGUCCUGCGCCAGUACCAGUUCGAGCGUGACGGCAGUUUCAAAUUGCUCCAACAUUUCUACGGCGACGAAUGGUGCACGACGCCGGUGUACACGCUGACGGCCAGAGGCCAGCUGCAGAUGCGCGAGCCAUCGUGGGUCGUUCCAGGCGCCGCCGAGUCCGAGUACACCCUACACCGGGUCUAUUUGGUGGCCUACAGCGAGGAUGUCGUCGACGAAGUCAUGCAAAGAGUCAAUCGGUCGUGUCCAGGGUAUAUAACUCGCCCUUGGAGAGUUCGUAAAGAGUACCUGAUCUACAAUUACGCUGUUUCCGGCGAAGGUAAAUCUGGCCAAGUGAAACAAAGCAGCGCCAAAUCAAGCCCGUCUGAUCGCCACUGGAUGACGGCCAGCAACGGCAAGCGUCACGGCAAUGGAAGCGGUCGUGGCAACAAGGUUGGCGGCUCCACUGGUGCGGAUCAGCGUUCCAAACGCGUCUCCCACAACGGUUCGCAUCAUCAUCACGCGUCUUCAUCAGACUUUGCAACGUCUGAUACGGCCGCCCAUCAGAUGGCAGCUUUGGACGAGAUCGAUUGCCUGUCGGCUUUCCACGCCGUCUACCACGAGUUGCAAUUGAUCAGGACUGUCCGUCGACCCAGGGAUCUUUUGGCUCACAUGGAUCUUCCGUUGGCCGAUAAGAAAAAGAAUUUCCAUCAUCCGUCAGCCGACCAGCAAAUGCAGACGCUUCUUUUCUUAGGUAACAUUCAUCCACAGUUGGAACAACGGGCCUCUUACCGGCCCACCUCCUAUCAACCGGCGCUUGUUCGUCACGAUCAUCAGGAGGCAAACGAUUGCCACGUGUGUCGGUUGGUGGCCAAAUCCAACGACAAGUCCCCGCCCCACCUUCACGCCCGUCCUCGCCUGCCCGUCUACCCAAUGGGCGACUGGAUCAGCUCUUCUUGCGAGACGCGGCCUAUCGGAACUUUCCUUAUGAGACGGAUGAAAUUUACCGAUCACCAAAAUGGAUUGAACGCGGGAAAAUAUUCGGCUGCCGCGUCAUCGCCGACAUUCCAGGCACUCUUCCACUAUUUCGCCGAUCCAGUUUGCUCCAAUGCGACGCUGACGGUUUUGGCCGCAGGUCAUUAUUUGCCCGGCACUGAUUCCGAUCGCGUUCAAGGCGCCACGGAGUUUGACUUUUUCGUUCAAUCGGUCGUCAUUACUGUGCACGACGAACCCACUGCCCGCAACCUGAACGGACUUAAGGGCAAUCAAUGUGCCAUGGAUGGCAGUUGGAGAGUGGACCGACCGCAAGACGUCACGCACACCGGCGGCUGUAUUGGCCUGGGAAUCCGAGUACCCACGGUAGCCAAUGACUUGUUGAAGAUGGAUGUGAAUGGAAUCGGGCAUCCGCUUUUGUACUUUGGAAUUGCCGAAAAUCCGAGCGAGCCACGAACGCCGUCGAAAUCAUCGGCAUCGGGGCUCGACCUCGUCCGCCCGACGUCUUAUCUGCCGCCUCUGCAGCAGUGCCAGAGCACGUGGGAGGAUUUGAGUAGUGUCAACGACGCUUCCAACGAGUUGGGCCCCAUAAUCCCGCACGCCAGAGUGUCGGGAGACUCGAGCGGAUCGUCAUCUGUCACGCUCAGUUACGUCUUUUGGGGGGCUUUAACACUCACCAACGCCAUCUACCUUCUUUAAUUUUAAAUACUUUUUUUCCUACAGAUAUCUUUUGUUGUUACGACAAACAAUCCUUCCUUUCGUUUUACAAGCAGUAAUUAAUCAAUAUUUGGAAAAAAAAAUCAUUUUUAUUUUCUUUCUUACGAUCAAUGUUGUGUCGUCCGUUAUUGUGUUUUGAUUGCCGUUUUAUUUUGUAUCUAUGUAUAACAUUGUCGUACGUCUAAAAAGUGUGGGAUCUUAACGGGCGUAGAUCAUUUAACCUCUACGUGUACAUAGAAACAUUACAUGUGCAUUUAAUUGUCGUAUUAGAAAGCGAUCAAACGUAAGGUAAACUUUUCCAACAGCUUCACGAAACACAUGCUUCUCCGUAUUUUAUUCUCUACCUUUUCUAUUCGAUGUAAUUCUUGUCCGCGUAAUUCUGUGCAACGAUUUUGCCCAACACCACCGUCUUUGACGUUGUCAUCUUGUAUUCACACGAUAAUCAUUUUGUGUACACCCCUCAAUUGAGCCCAGUCUUUCUUUUUGAUUGUUUUUAUCCAACAAAACACGGGAAAAAGAGAAAUCAAAAUUUUUUAGUCGAGCUGGUAAGAUUAGAUGCUUUCCCCACUACAUUUAUUUGUUGCCAUCCGUCUGUGUACGCAAUUUUUUAAAGCUUCUCUUUCACCAUCCGGAUUUUGUUGUUGUUCGUCACCACGUUCUUUUGCAGCUCCACACACGUGUAACAGACUCGUGCAUCCACCUUCAUUCAUGUAACCAGACUUUAAGGGGAAAAAAAUGAAUUUUCAUUUGUAUCGCGAAAAAAAAAAAUAGACA